AUGAGCUCAAGCGAGCCCAUCAACGACGAUGUGGUUAAGAAGCCAGAUGCCGGUGAAAAGAGCGAUGCUGGCGACCCUGCUGAUGGCGAAGAGCUCCGGUUCACACCAGAAGAAGAGGAGUAUCAAGAUGCCCUGAAUAAAUACGACGAUGCAAUCAACUCAUGUCCCAAAUAUCUGCACUACCCUCGUGCGGUAAUCUACAGCAAUAUCGCAGCCUGCCAUAUUCAGCUUGAGGAUUGGAAGGAGGCUAUAAAGUCCGCGUCAGAUUCUCUCAGAUCUUUGGAAAAGCUUGAACAGAAUGACCCUCGCCUGCAACAUGAUGGGAAAAAAGAUGGCGAGGAAAAGUCCAAGAAAGAGGCGGACGAUGUGGAAGAGGAGAUCAUCAGCAGCGGUGCUUCGCGUGCAGCCCCAGCGCCCGAGUCAGUCGAUGAAGAAGUCAAAAAGCUCAAGGUAAACAUUCAGCGUAUACGAUGCAAAGCCCUUAUGAGACGGGCUCGUGGCAGAACUGAGGCCGGUGGCUGGCAUAAUCUUGCUGGUGCAGAAGAAGACUGCAAGGCUCUCGCUGCCAAACCGGAAAGUCUGACCCCGGCUGAUCUCCGAGUGGUCCAGAAGCAAUUGAGAGAAUUGCCUCCACGGGUAAAGGCUGCACAGGAGAAAGAGAUGGGCGAGAUGUGGGGUAAACUGAAGGACCUUGGAAACGGCAUUCUGAAACCCUUUGGGCUGAGCACGAACAAUUUCCAGAUGGUCAAGGACGAGAAUACUGGAGGUUACAGUAUGAACUUCCAGCCUGGAGGAAAAUCUCAAUGA